CAGGGAACUAAUUGAAAUUUUGGCAAUUUCAAGAAACCAGAAGCUUCCCCAACCAGGAGAGGAGAGCCAGAUCCUGGAACUGCUGAUUCAGAGAGAUGGAGAGUUUCAAGAGCUAAUGAAGUUGGCAGUUGAUCAGGGGAAGAUCCAUCAUGAAAUGCAGCUUUUAGAAAAGGUAGUAGAAAAGAGGGAUAAUGAUAUUCAGCAGCUGCAGAAACAACUAAAAGAAGCAGAGCACAUAUUGGCAACAGCUGUUUAUCAAGCAAAGGAAAAACUGAAAUCAAUUGAAAAAGCAAGAAAAGGUGCCAUUUCCUCUGAAGAAAUAAUUAAAUAUGCCCACAGGAUCAGUGCUAGCAAUGCUGUUUGUGCCCCUCUGACAUGGGUACCAGGGGACCCACGUAGGCCAUAUCCCACAGAUCUGGAAAUGAGGAGUGGACUCUUGGGUCAGAUGAACAACCCAUCCACUAAUGGAGUUAAUGGACACUUACCAGGGGAUGCACUUGCAGCGGGCAGGCUGCCAGAUGUGCUCGCUCCUCAGUACCCUUGGCAGUCAAGUGAUAUGUCAAUGAACAUGCUACCUCCUAAUCAUAGUAAUGACUUCAUGUUGGAGCCUCCAGGACACAAUAAAGAGAAUGAAGAUGAUGUAGAAGUUAUGUCAACAGACUCCUCAAGCAGCAGCAGUGACUCAGACUAGGUACCAGAGGGACGGUAUCCCUAGUAGACCUUUCCUGUGGUGAAGGUAGGUUGGAUGCUGUUCAUCACAAACUGCAAUACUUUUGUUAACGCUGGCGGCCCUGUGUAGGGAGAGGAUAAUAGCUGGCUCAGAAAUAGGAUGACAUUUAAGACCAUGGACUUCAGAAUUAUAUUUUUUUUUUUCCAUUAGAUGUUCAAGUAAAAUGACUGGGAGCUUUCUGCUGGAGGAGAGAUGUCAAAUUUCCAGUGAUUAUGUAAAUGUGUGAAUGUGUAUGUUUGCAAGAGACCUGUGUGUGUAUAUAUAUAUAUAUAUUUACUAUACAUUAGAUGACAAAAGUUCCUGGGAAAAAAGGUGUAAGGGGAAUCCCCUUGUAUGUUUGUUAGUAAGUUUACUCUUCUGAGGAUAGCCUUUUCUAUGGCACAGAAAUGAGGCAUGAAAUUUGUAAUUUUAAUAUAUUUUUUUGUUACUGCCUAAAUCCAUGUUCUUGAUCAUCCUGUGUGUGCCGAGAACA